UCCUAUAAAAUCAGGAGUCCAACCCUCCACUUUCAGUCUGAAGCCAUCUGAGCUGAGCCUCUCAUCAGUCCCCGGGAAGACAAGUAAAUACAAAGAUACUUCUCUAAAGAUGGCAAUGGUAUCAGAAUUCCUCAAGCAGGCCUGUUUUCUUGAAAAUCAAGAACAGGAAUACGCUCAAGCUGUAAAAUCAUACAAAGGUGGUCCUGGGUCAGCAGUGAGCCCCUACCCUUCCUUCAAUGCAUCCUCCGAUGUUGCUGCCUUGCACAAAGCUAUCAUGGUUAAAGGUGUGGAUGAAGCAACCAUCAUUGACAUUCUUACAAAGAGGACCAAUGCUCAGCGCCAGCAGAUCAAGGCUGCGUACUUACAGGAGAAUGGAAAGCCCUUGGAUGAAGUCUUGAGAAAAGCCCUUACAGGCCACCUGGAGGAGGUUGUUUUGGCUAUGCUAAAAACUCCAGCUCAGUUUGAUGCAGAUGAACUCCGCGGUGCCAUGAAGGGACUUGGAACAGAUGAAGAUACUCUCAUUGAGAUUUUGACAACAAGAACUAAUGAACAAAUCAGAGAGAUUAAUAGAGUCUACACACAAGAGCUGAAGAGAGAUCUGGCCAAAGACAUUACUUCAGAUACAUCUGGAGACUUUCGGAAAACCUUGCUCGCUCUCGCCCAGGGUGACCGUUGUCAGGAUUUGAGUGUGAAUCAGGAUUUGGCUGAUACAGAUGCCAGGGCUUUGUAUGAAGCUGGAGAAAGAAGAAAGGGGACAGAUGUGAAUGUGUUCACUAAAAUUCUGACCAGUAGGAGCUUUCCUCAUCUUCGCAGAGUGUUUCAGAAUUACAGAAAGUACAGUCAACAUGACAUGAACAAAGUUCUGGAUCUGGAACUGAAGGGUGACAUUGAGAAGUGCCUCACAGCCAUCGUGAAGUGUGCCACCAGCACUCCAGCUUUCUUUGCUGAGAAGCUGUAUGAAGCCAUGAAGGGAGCCGGAACUCGCCAUAAGGCAUUGAUCAGGAUUAUGGUCUCCCGUUCGGAAAUCGACAUGAAUGAAAUCAAAAAAUUUUACCAGAAGAAGUAUGGAAUUUCUCUUUGCCAAGCCAUCCUGGAUGAAACCAAAGGAGACUAUGAAAAAAUCCUUGUGGCUCUGUGUGGUGGAAACUAGAUAUCCCAACUACUCUGCAAGAUUCUAAGGAGAAUAUCUCUUAGCUGUUGUUUUCCUUCUAUUGCAUGGGCUUAAGUAGGAAAGUUGCUUUAGCAGAUAAGUCUAAUUACCUGCUUUGAAUAAUAUAGCCUAUAAAUAGAUUUCACAUCAUUCCUCUGUACAAUAGAGAAAUACUUGUUUUGUUAAUUAUGUUUAUCCCAAAUUAUAUAUCCCCAUAAGCAGGUCACUUUGGUACCAUGCCUGAGAAAGAAGUUUACAUAGAAUAAAAUAAAACAAUUUUAUAAGACAA